UUGUCUUCAUAACCUUGUGGGUUUUCUUAUCUUUUAUUUUCCAGCUCCUCUUAGGCGCCUCCGGGGCGGUUCGCGAUCAUCCACUAUGACAAUUGGGCGCCGGGUUGCUGCCAGCAGAAAGAGGCCCUCGCUGCAGCGGGUUAUGGAGGUUCAAAGCAGCGCAAGUUGAUGCACAGCUCUAUCCCUUUCGCAUCGAUCCUUUGCAUCGAACUCCUGGAAGAAAUGGUCUGGUUAUCGAGACAAUAUGCAAAUCUCCACGAUGGGCCAGAUGUUCUUUGCCUCGCCUAUCAGAUCUUCCCCAGCACAGUCUCAUCAUCAUCAUCAUCAUCAUCAUCAUCAGAUUUCCCCCACUUUGCUGUGUUCUAAUCUGCUAUCCUUGUUUGUUUAUUUUCGGUUAAAGAGAAUGCAUGGAAUUGUCAUUGGGUUUGAACCCAUUCCCCCCAUUUCCCCUUGUUUUCCUUUAUCUUGUCAGUCACGCGAUCUUAAUAACUAUACAUGUGUCUUUCGCGGCGGAUGUCAAGCCAUGAAGAAAGAGAAUCUUGAAGCAGAACUCAUCCUUAUUUCAUUGUCUUUUGACCACUGCAGUACUUAUCCUUGCCAUGCUCUCGGUUGCAUGCGCCCAAUGUUUCCUUUCCAUGCGAACUAGGCUCAACAAUAUCUGUUGGUUGCUGGACCAUGAAUUCCUCGGUAGAAAGAAUCCAAUCCACGUCGCAUCAUCGUGACUCAAAUGUUGAGCACAUGUAGCUAUUAUCGUACC